UGUGAUGCCCGCGCCGUCAGGACACCCUCUUCCCGCGCCGCCUAACCCUAGCCUCUUAACAAUCGAGGGCGAAGACGUGCCGGAGAAGAAAUAUCUUGCAGCCGUUCGCGAAUCUUCAGCAAAUCCAGUCAUCCCGGAUAAGCUACACGAAGGCAGCAUGGAGUCCGAUAAAAUUCUGCAGAGGACAAGUUCUCUGCUUCAGAACAAAGCCUUCACAGAUGUGACCUUCAUCGUGGGACCGCCGUCGGCGUCGAAGAAAUAUGUGGGUCACCGUGUGCUACUGGCUAUGACCAGCCCAGUGUUCGAAGCCAUGUUUUAUGGCGAUAUGGCCGAUAAGUCUAAGGUGAUACGAAUAUCGGAUAUAGCGCCAAUUGGUUUUGAGAAUCUACUUCGUUACGCGUACACUGAUAAUUUAAAGUUGGAGACUGUUGAUGACGCAAUGCUGACUGCCUUUGCUGCCAAGAAAUACAUUCUACCUCACCUACUAAAGGACUGCUUCACCUUCAUAGAAAAAAAUGUAACCCCAGCGACUGUCUGCCAGGUGUUCGAGUUUGCAUCGCUGAUGGAAGCGUACACUCUCAUAUAUCAGUGUCUAAACAUAAUUGAUAGACAGACCUACCACGUUUUGACAUCUGAAAAUUUCGUCAGUGUUCAGGCGACGACGCUGGAGACAAUUGUGCAUCGUAAAUACCUCAAUCUGUACUCGGAAUAUGCCCUAUAUCAAGCUGCAGUUCAAUGGGCCACCGAGGAGUGCAACAGACGUGGUCUCGAUAAGUCAGAAAUCGAAAAUGUUCGGGUGUGUAUGGGGGACACAGUCAUUUCUCAGAUUCGCUUCCUUGCAUUGAGCCCCGAAGAAUUCACAAAAGGUCCAGCUCGAUCAGGUCUUCUUUCACGUGAUGAGUGUUACGCUGUAUUCAUGAACAUGGCUAUACCCGGUAUUGUCAAUCUCCCCAAGGGUAUCAGUCCGGAGGGUACAAAACGCCUAAGUCCCCCGGAGAAUUUCACGGCCCGGCGUUAUCAGGCCGUCUCGUUCCACCCGCCGUCACGGCCUGUCCGUUUUAUAGGCCUGCGAUUCACUGUUUUGACAAGAGACAUCUUCAUCACCGGACUCGGAUUUCCACUUCGUCAGGACCUCGGAUCGUACAGCGUACGCACCCACAAGUAUGACGGCAUGCUUCGCUGCAGCUACCGAAUUCAGGAGGAUCGCCGUGAACGUGAAGAAUGCGAAGUGGCGUUCACGCUGUCAAAAGACAAGGAUGUUAAACUUAAACUUACUCGGCCCUUUUUCAUUAGAAAGGGUCUGGAGUACGAGUUAGAACUGCAACUCAGCCAUCUGGUCAGCGAUGAUGUCAUCAUUCCUUCACUGAAAAACCGUCGUAAGGAGGAUAUCGUCGAAGGUGUGACGAUAGCGUUUGGACAGUAUCAAAGACCUCAUAUGAAUAACGUGAUCGAAAUGCUGGAAAUUUCGGAUCUGCUCUUCUACUUUUGAACAAUCUCUGAUGCCUGUCAGUUCAAUGUACGUUACGAUGUAACAUCGUAAGUUAUACGCAUUGGAAUUAUUAUCAUUGUCUACGCACAGCGACGCUGAACCACUGCGUUGACUAGCGACUUGUUCUGAUAAUUUUCUAUUGACGUCGAUAUCAAGAAAGAUUAUCAUACAUAUCUAUCGGAUAUUUCGGAUCGGUCGGUCGGUCGGUCGUUCAUUCAUUUGAAACUUGUCGUAUUAGUGCGGGUUUUUUCCUUACUUGCCGAUAUUGGAAAUCCCCUAAUGUGUAUCGCCUAAACUGACUGCGUGAGAGCUUACCGAUGCGGUGGAAACCCUUCUUGCUUUUUUUUUUGUAAAUGUAGAACAUUUGAUUAAUAACAGCUCUGGCUGAAUAACAGCGCAUUUUGAUUUUUUUUCCGUUGAUUGAAUAUGAAUUAUGUUUCUUUUAGCGAUCAGCUAAAACCUUCAGGCAGUCUUUAAGUGAAAGGAAACACAAUUAUAUUGGUCGCCCUAAUAAAUUAUACAGUAACACUGCCUAAAACUCGGAAUCUGCCACCAUGUAUUAAGCAUUCGAACUAUGUACAUGGAAAUAAUGCGUACGUAAAAUGGUACUGAAAAACAGGACAUAUGAGUGAACGUGCAGGUUGGACUUGGAUCACUGAUGGACAAAAAACAUCGAAACAACGCUAUAUCCUAUUAGUCGUAAUUAGCAGUAGUUUGAGCGGGAACUACUUCAAUCAUGGCAUCUGCUUCAACAGAAGGUAUCAUAUAAAAGUAGGAUGAAUUUUGCAGCUGUACGAUAGAAGGCGCAUCUGAUCUUUCCCUAAAAUAAUGACUAUAUUAUUGCGUCGGUAGGAAGUUCAACGUGGGAGUAUCUAAAAAUCAAUGACCCGACCAAUGCAUGCAAGAGAACUUUGUCCGUAUAUGUCAACCGCCCCCCUGCCCGCCGUUAGUGGAUCGGCGCCCCCUAUAACUGGGGUUGAAUGGCCCACGUUUGAAUAUAGUGUAGCACCCAUUUUAUAUGGAGUCGUUGCAUCGAAACGUUUCGACACAUGGCAAAUUUGCUUAUCUGACACGUUAGACCCUAUUCGUAUCAAAAAUGGUGCAUGAUUAACCUUAACGAAACAAGAAGAAACAAUCUACUGGUCUUCCAUAUUGACGAGCUACGUGCAAUAAUAUUCAUAUUGAAAAUAGUGGAUGGCUGGCGUUUUUUUGCUAAAACAAACGUCUGUUUGCUGCCGAACGGUACUUGCCAACUAACAGCAGCGAUUUAUAAGGAUUGUGUAUGUCUGAAAUCAGUUUUCCUUCAUGUUCCUCGUUAAAAUCUAAUAAUAUAAUCCAUGUAAACGUCUAACGGCUAAGUUUGUCACACUCUUUUUUUUUCUUUUUUAAUUUUCCUGCAACCGACAAUUUACUUGAGAGCCAUCAAUGAUAAACCAAUAAAAGGUAAAAGAUUUAGUAUGUAAUGUAUUAGGCAUCCUGCCACAUUGACGAGAUUAACGUUUCGAUCUAAUGGUUCAAUGUGUAUUGCAGAGAAUGCUAGGCCGUCGAGGAUUUUACCUGUUGUAUUGUUCGUUGAGACAACAAUAUUUCUAAUAUUCAGUGUAAUCCUUCUACAUCCUAGACAUUGCUAAGCUCUUCUGCAAUGAAUGAGCUAAGUGAGCGUGAUAAUGUCAGACACCGAGUAAUUGUAGGCACAGGUAGGCGUGUGUAAAAGGUUUACAAUUUUCGCUUUCAAUUAAAAAAAUCCCGUAUGUAUAGAGGCGCACCUAUUUCAGCAUCCAAACGCCCCUUAGCCUACAUUCUCCUGGAACUAAUCCGUAUAAUUUUUUGCUUAUAAACCGUUCUAUGUUAAAUGAAAAGAAAGGUGCAAUGUGUAUCAAGCAUAAACUCGUCCAGUUAUCCUCGAAACAAAAAUUCGAUCUUUACCUAAUUCUUAUAUCUAUCUUAUAUGUCUUAUUUGAUACCUCAACAAACGAGGGUGCAUCUCCUCUCGCAAGGGCAGGGGUAGCAUCCUAUGUAUCCAUAACUACAAUAUAUAUAUAUAUAUAUAUAUAUUAUAGUAUAUAUAUAUAUAUAUUAUGUGUGUAUAUAUAUAUAAUAUUAGAUAUAUAAUAAUUAGUUAACUAAUAAACAUGAUUAUAGCAGCACAGUGAUCGUUUGGUUCUAAUAACAUGACCCCGUACAGCCUUUAUUCUGUGAAGGUUUCGACAGAACCAACCAGAAUGCAAAAUAAGUUACAUUUCUUAAAAGAAAAAAAGAAGCAUUUUUAAAUCCGAGGAUAAUAAUUAUAUGCGUCAAUUCGGAGAGGCUAUUGCCAGUCAGUUAUGAGUAAAUGUUUGGUUGACUUUUCCGUUUCAAAUAAAUUACACCAAGGGGCAAUUGUAAUAUUAUACCGGUCAGAGGCAAAUACGAGGAUGUGUUCAGGAACUUUCGGACCAGACGGAAAUCGCUUAUGGUUUCCAACUAAGCUUCAUAACGAAGCCCAAACUGGAUACGGGUCUUCUUCAUCCUCUCGGACGGUAGUUGGCUAACGCCAAAUGUACAGUUCUGUGCCCCUUUCUCCAGGCCGCAUACAUUGAGACCCCAGUAAUACAAUCAAUGGCUUUGUAUCAUCCGAUGUUUGAGUCGCCUCGGGACAAACGCGCACAGACGUCGUUUCGACGCAAACUACACAGAGGCAUAAUAUUUGCGAUAUGCAAAUAAAUUAAGAAGUGAUAAAGAGACUUUAAGAAAAAGGCAGCAUAAAUCCAUAAAAGUUGUAGCCGAUAAAUAAGAAUAUCGAUGGGAAACAGGUUAAAAUGUCCUUCGUGUAGAAGGCCCGUUUAUAUUCUCAAGCACUGCCAUUACGGUCGAAAAGCAUAGGUAAUUGCGUAUUGCCUACAGAUAUUCAUACACGGCAGAGUACAUAAGGGAUACGUUGGAAGCGUUCUUUUUUGCAAAAGAAAAAAUUCUUUCAACAGUACGUGAGUACUGACCCCCUCUCUGGAACUCGCAGUGGAUCAUUGAGAUGCUGAAACGAUGACGGCUAUAGAUAAUCGAAUGGAGUUAAGCACACACUAAUAGACGUAAUACGCGUUAAAUUGCUAAUAUCUAUGGAAUAAACAGCGAUUAGGUACGCAAAUAAAAGCAACUGGUGCCGUUCUUGACUUAUUGCUUGUUGUUAUUAUGAAAUCUGGUUGUUUCUAUUUCGAAACGAUAAUUUUGUAAAUAGGACCGCAUAUUCUUAGGCUAAAUCACAUAUUCAUAUUUUCAACUGAAGUAGGCCGCCUUUUUUAAUUUGACCAAAGAGGUAUUUCCUAUAUCCUCCAGACCACCCAACUUUUCCUCUACGAGGAUUAUAGGUCCCUUUGCAGAUAAGUUAUAUUAAUAUUACAGGAAUAAGUUGUAUAUAUAUAAUUUCUU